ACUGGUUGUGGUGAUUACACCUUCAAUCUCCUCACUUUGGAGGCAGAGGUCAGGCUAGGCUGCAUAAGACCCCUGACUUCAAAAAAUAAUCUUCAGAAAAAGGAGGAGGGACUUUUCCUGAGCCGUCACAGAAUAGGCAAGCAGAUGGGGAAGUACGGGCUGACGGUGAUCCUAGGUCAAGCCUCAGACCUCAGGAACCUGUUCACCUUUAAUCCCAGCACUUGGAAGGCGGGGCAGACGGAUCUCCAUGAGUUUGAGGCCAGGCUGUUCUACAGAGCGAGUUCCAGGACAGCCAGGGCUACACAGAGAAACCCUGUCUGGAAAAAUGUGAGAGACGGAAGAAAAGGGGAAGUUACAUUUUCUGAAUUACCCAGACGUAGGAAAUCACUGCCUUUUAAUUUACUUAUUUAUCCAUUUAGUCUGUGUUUGCAUGCACGUGUGGCUAUCAGAGGACAGUCUGCAGGAAAUGGGUCUCUCUUUCGAGCAGGCAGGCUCUGGGGAUUGACCUCAGGCUUGGUGACAAGCAUCUUUAGUCACUGAACUGUCUCGUGAGCCCUGCUGACUAUUUUUUGAACAAAAACACUUAAUGUGACCGCAUUUCAUUGAAUAUCACUUCCCUGAAUAUAGCAGGUUUGGUUACAUGAUAUGUGUGGCACCUGACACAGGCGGAGAGACACUCUCAAAAAACCUAAAUUAGCACGCUUUGUUACAUAAAUUUUUUAAAGAGCUUGGAAAAGGCGCCCCCAGCAAAGUGUAAGUUUCCACACAAGUUUUUGUUAUUAUUGUUGAGUCACCUUAGCUAUUCUUUAUUCUUUCUGAGAUAGGGUGAUGGCCCCUAGUUAUCCUUGACCAUGAAACGCGGACUACAGCCUCGGAUUAGGCGUUCUCUGGCUCCCCCUGGCGGCCAAUUUUUGGUGCUGCUACUAGACCACCCUUCGGGUUUCAGAGACGCGGGAAAGGGGAGCCGGGAGUUGUAGGCAGUAGGCGUGGUUGCUGCGGAGCGGUGCGCACCGGGAGCUGUAGUUUACAGGUCCAGGCGAUGGGCGGCCUCAGGCCGAAAUCGGGACUCAACCGGAUGGCGGUUGCUAGGCGAGGCUGCCGGCCUCGGGGCUCGAUCCUCGGGCUGCUCGGACUGGUCUUGGCGACCGCCACCGCCUGGGACGUGGCUUCUCUGUACUGCAGCUUCAGCUCGUUCUGCGAAUGCGACUUCAGGCCGGACUUGCCGGGUCUGGAGUGUGACUUGGCCCAGCACCUGGCUGGCCAGCAUCUGGCCAAGGCUGUGGUGGGGAAGGCGCUGAAGGCCUUUAUCCAGAACCCGGCCCCCAGCAAACCACUGGUCCUUUCCCUGCAUGGCUGGACAGGCACCGGCAAGUCCUACGUCAGCUCCCUGCUGGCACAGUACCUCUUCCAGGGCGGCCUCCGCAGCCCUCACGUGCACCACUUCUCCCCCAUCAUCCACUUCCCACAUCCCAGCCACACCGAGCAGUACAAGAAGGAACUCAAGAGCUGGGUCCAGGGGAACCUCACUGCCUGUGGCAGAUCUCUCUUUCUCUUUGAUGAGGUGGACAAGCUGCCCCCUGGCCUAAUAGAGGUGCUGCAGCCCUUCCUGGGCCCCUCCUGGGUUGUGUAUGGGACCAACUAUCGCAAAGCCAUUUUCAUCUUUAUCAGUGCCUCAACGAGUCUCAGCCUGGGUGCUUGUGAUUUUAGCAACACUGGUGGUGAGCAGAUCAACCAGGUAGCCCUGGAGGCAUGGCGCAGCCGCAGGGACAGGGAAGAAAUUAGCCUGCAGGACCUGGAGCCAGCAGUCUCCCGAGCUGUGCUGGACAACCCUCACUAUGGCUUCUGGCAGUCUGGCAACAUGGAGGAACACCUGAUCGAUGCUGUGGUACCCUUCCUCCCCCUCCAGCGGCAUCACGUGCGCCACUGUAUCCUCAAUGAACUGGCUCAGCUGGGCCUGGAGCCCCAGGAGGAAGUGGUUCAGGCUGUGCUGGACAGCAUCACCUACUUCCCAGAGGAUGAACAGCUCUUCUCCUCCAACGGCUGCAAGACAGUGGCCUCCCGAGUCACCUUUUUCCUCUGAGAACCCAGGAGGCAUCACUGCCUCCUCUGUCUAGACAGAACAAACAGGAAAGGCCUGGGUGUCUCCUGAAGGGGUUCUUUCCUAAGCCGGCUGGCAAGUGGGGCCUUGAGCACAGAAUUAAGAUGAAGAAGGGUGUUGGCCAGGCCAAGGAAGAAAGGCCUAGAAGGCAUUUUCACCAGGAAACUCCUGGGUACCCCAGAACCUCACAGCCUUGCCACUGCCCUGCAGCCUGAGCCUUCUCAAUGUGAACUGUGACUCAGGGAUGACGGCUCGCCGCUGCUCCCAUCCAGGGCUUUUACCUGCACACCUUGCCGGCCGGGUUCCACGCGAGAUAUCAGCCUGUGGCUGGACCUGGAAAUCCAGCAAGGCCAGACUGGAACGUGGCCCAACAGUUGGACCAAAUGGAGGGACUCUAGCUGACACCUGGGCCUGGAUUUCAAAGUUUUUAAUUUUAUACAAGAAGAGAACAGGGUUAAUAAACGUAGCCAUGGGAUCGGAA